CGCUAGAGAGCGAUAUCACGGAAGGAGCAGAAAAAGGAUCGAAGUGUGAACUAUCUGUGUUUAUGGUCAUAAUCGCCUUCAUCGGACUAUUGAGAUACAACAUGCACUCAUGGUAACAUGUCUUUCGACGAAACACCGACACCUGAUGGUUUAAAGUUUCUGUCUCUGAGCGACUCUCCGGAGCGCAACAACGUCAGCGCCGCUCCGGAGCAUCAGCACUUGCGUUCGGGCAUCAUUAUCGCCACCGUUUACGCGCUCAUUAUUACUGUUGGACUAAUUGGUAACGUGACGCUCAUUAGGACGUUUUGCACCGUGAAAUCCAUGCGCAGUGUCCCCAAUCUGUUUAUGUCGAACCUCGCUCUCGGGGACGUGCUGCUCCUGGUCACCUGCGCGCCCGUGGACGCCAGCAAGUUUCUCUCGGAUGAGUGGCUCUUCGGGCGGCUGGGUUGUAAACUCAUCCCGUUCAUCCAGUUGACGUCGGUCGGAGUGUCGGUGUUCACGCUGACGGCGCUGGCAGCGGACAGAUACAAGGCCAUUGUUAAACCGAUGGAUAUCCAGACGUCAAACGCCACAUUGAAGGCCUUUCUAAGAGCUGCGUCGAUCUGGCUGCUCUCUGUGGUCCUGGCCAUUCCUGAAGCUGUGUUCUCCGACCUUCACCCCUUCAACAUCUCCACAAGCAAUGAGACUUUCAUGGCAUGUGCACCCUACCCUCACGAUGGACACCUGCACCCCAAAAUUCAUUCCAUGGCCUCCUUCCUCAUUCUCUACAUCAUUCCUCUCUCCAUUAUCUCUCUGUAUUACAUCUUCAUUGCCAGGAGUCUGAUUCAGAGUGCGCUUGACAUCCCCGUGGAGGGGAACGCACACAUAAAGAGACAGAUUGAGUCACGGAUGCGGCUUGCCAAGACAGUACUGGUGUUCGUGGGCAUGUUUGCCAUCUGCUGGCUCCCCAGCCAUGUGAUUUACCUCUACCGUUCCUAUCACUACACGGAGGUGGACACCUCCAUGGCCCAUUUCAUCUCCAGUGUUUGCGCACGGAUCCUUGCCUUCACCAACUCCUGCAUGAACCCUUUCGCUCUUUACCUGCUCAGCAAAUCCUUUCGAAAGCAGUUCAACAAGCAACUGUGCUGCUGUUGCCCAUCGCUCUCCCUGCGUUCCCAAAGCACGAGGCGUAACACACAACUUAGCUCAUUCAAAAGUACCCAGAACCACUCUGUAGCCAGCUUUGACAAUGCUGUCUGCCAUGAGGGCUGAAAUGUACAGAGGACUGUCUGUAAGUUUAUCACACAUAUGUCUUCA